CGGGGAGGCGCCGCCAUGUACGGGCUGGUGCGGGCCCUGCGGCAGGCGGCGACCCCCGGGCGGCUGGCGGCGACCCGGCGAGGGGGCGCCGGGGGACGGCCCUGGGGCUGGGGGCUGGCGCUGGGGCUGGCGCUGGGGGUGAAGGUGCCGGCGGGCUGCGAGGCCGGCGGCGGGCAGGAGGAGGAGGUGACUCCGGCGUCGUCCCCUCGGGGCUUCGGCGCGGCCAUCGAGAGGAGCCGGGACCUGCUGCGGAGGAUCAAGGAUGAAGCAGGAAUCCCAGGUAUACUAGUUGGAGUCUCUGUAGAUGGAAAGGAAGUCUGGUCAGAAGGUUUGGGUUAUGCUGAUGUAGAGAAUCGUGUUUUAUGUAAGCCAGAGACGAUCAUGCGAAUUGCUAGUAUUAGCAAGUGUCUUACCAUGAUGGCCAUUGCUAAACUGUGGGAAGAGGGGAAACUGGACCUAGAUGCUCCAGUGCAGAAAUACGUCCCUGAAUUUCCAGAAAAGGUCUACGAGGGUGAAAAGGUCACUAUUACUACGAGACUGUUAGUUUCACACCUGAGUGGGAUUCGUCACUAUGAAAAAGAUAUUGCAAAAGUAAAGGAAGAAAAGGAAAAGGCAAACAGAGCAUUGAAACUAACAAAACCCAAUCAGGAUAAAGAACAAAAAGAGAAGGAUGGUAAAGGCAUUGAAAAAACUGAUUCUGUCAAACCAAAGAAAGCACACGAAGGUGAAGUAAAAAGCCGAAAUUCAAAACCUGGCAAGAGAGAUAAGGAAUUUGAACAGGAGGAGUAUUAUUUGAAGGAAAAAUUUGAAAGUGUGAUUGAGUCACUGAAAAUAUUUAAAAAUGAUCCUUUAUUCUUCAAACCAGGUAGUCAGUUCUUGUAUUCAACAUACGGCUUCACCCUCUUAAGUGCUGUUGUAGAGAGAGUUUCGGGACAAAAAUUUACAGAUUAUAUGCUAAAAAUGUUUCGUGACUUGGAUAUGCUGUCAACUGUACUAGAUGACAAUGAAGCAAUGAUAUAUAACAGAGCAAGGUGUUACGUUUACAACAAAAAAGGACGUCUGGUAAAUGCACCAUAUGUGGACAACUCUUACAAAUGGGCUGGUGGAGGCUUUCUGUCAUCAGUAGGUGACCUUCUGAAAUUUGGAAAUGCCUUGUUGUACAGUUACCAAGCUGGACAAUUUAAAAACAGUAGUGGCAAACUUCUUCCUGGGUACCUCAAACCAGACACAGUCGCAAUGAUGUGGACCCCAGUGCCAAAAACUGAAGUGUCAUGGGACAGGGAUGGUAAAUAUGCAAUGGCCUGGGCUGUAGUAGAGAAAAAGCAACAAUACGGAUUUUGCAGACAGCAGAGACACUAUGCAUCUCAUACAGGUGGUGCAGUGGGGGCAAGUAGUGUCCUCCUGAUUCUUCCUGAAGAUCUGGACUCCGAAGCCAUAGACACUGCGCUAAUGGCACCACCUAGAGGAGUAAUUGUUAGUAUUAUUUGUAAUAUGCAAUCAGUUUCCCUCAACAGCACUGCCUUAAAGAUUGCAAGGGAAUUUGAUAAAGAAAAACAGGCACAAUAUAUAGAUUAAAAAAAAAAAGAGAGAUAUGUAACUGAACUCACUGUACUGAAACAUAGAAAAUGGAGAAGGAGAUCAAAUUAGACUCUGAGAUACGUAAGAAUACAUGAGGAAAAAGUAUCAACAGUACACUUAAGUGUGGCACCACUAGCAGAACUUAAGUGUGGCUGGAAUUCAUCUCUCAGGGAAGUUUCUAACCUAUAGAAAAGAAAAAUGUAACAGUCAAAUUUGACUUCCUGCGUUACCUGUGCAAACUAUCCCUUUAGUAGCAAGUUUUCUUUCCUCAUGUAGUUAAGUAUUUGACAAAGAUUAAAAAAGAAAAAAAAAAGCAUUGGUUUCUUGUGCUGAGUACAACAAAAAGUUAUCUACCUUAAAUAUUAAGCUUUCGAACAACUUGCACAUCUUGAUUU